AGAUAAAUAAACAAUGGCAGGAAGGACAAGAUUGCAUUCAGAUGUUGUGUUUGGAGACACUGCUCAAGACGAUGAUAUCUCCUUCAGGAAUCCCAAGAAGAGGAUUUUGUUUGACGAGGAGAGCACCAAUACACCUGUGGAGAUCUCUGAACACAUGAAAUGUUAUCUCAGGAUUAGGCCUUUCUCAGAAGAAGAAGUAGAUAGCAAGGAAGACCAGAAAUGUCUGACGAUUGAAGAUGAGCAUACAGUAGCCACACAUGCACCAAAGGAAUCCCAUACAUUUAAAAACUGUACACAUGGUCUAGGAAAGACUACUCAUAAAUUUAAAUUUUCCAGAAUUUUUGAUUCAGUAACAACACAGAAGGACUUUUUUAAUGAAACAAUGCUUGGUCUUGUUAAGGACUUUAUUGAUGGACAGAAUUGUUUAGUGUUUACUUAUGGUGUAACAAGUUCUGGGAAAACAUACACAAUUCAAGGAAAACCUAAAGAUGCAGGAAUUUUACCACGAGCUCUAGAUGUGUUGUUUAACAGUAUAAAUGGUAAACAGUGGCCUAAUAAUAAUCUGAAGCCUAAGAUGUUUAUGGAUGUAACUAGACUGUCGUCAGAUCAAGCAGCACAAGAAAUAAAAAUAAAGGAGAGGACAUUGAAGAUGGUUACAUUUGAUGAACCUGAUGUGAUGAGCCUUCUUGGUGAUGAUGCCUCAGAUAUGUCAAUUAUAACUAAUACUACUACAUGUUCAGAGAGUUCUAAUGUGUCAUAUGGUCCUGCUGGUAGAACAUCCAAAGAUUCGUUAGAUGAAGUAUUUUCUGACCUAGAGAACCGUGUUCGUGAGGAAGCAGCAGUAAAUGUAGAAGACCAAGGUCUUAUGAAAUUCUCAGUUUGGGUCAGUUUUGCUGAAAUUUAUAAUGAACAGAUAUUUGAUUUGUUGGAACCAAUACCUAAGAAGAAAACCACACGAAGGCCUGUUCUACGACUGAGUGACGAUAGAAAUGGUAGUCCAUAUAUUAGAGGUUUAAAAGAGAUCCAUGUAACAUCAGCUGAUGAAGCUUACAACUUACUAACUGUGGGACAGAAAAAUCUACGUACAGCAGUUACUAAACUAAAUCAUCAGUCAUCAAGAAGUCAUUGUAUUUUUAACAUCAAGAUUUUACGAGUAGUUGACAAAGGAAAUCCAAACCAUGCACGUGUCAGCAUGUUGUCCCUUUGUGAUCUGGCUGGUUCAGAACGACACUCUAAAACUCAGAGUAAAGGUGAUCGACUGAAGGAAGCAGGUAAUAUAAAUACCUCAUUGAUGACACUUGGACGAUGUAUUGAAGCACUACGGAAUAAUCAGCAUCACAAAGAUAAAACCCAGCUGAUACCAUUUAGGGACAGCAAGUUGACAAGAUUGUUCCAGAAUUUUUUCUCUGGCAGAGGAAAAGCCGCCAUGAUUGUCAAUGUGAACCAAUGUGCCAGUAUGUUUGAUGAAACUUUACAUGUCUUCAAAUUUUCUGCUGUAGCAAAACAGGUUGUGGUUGUUCAGAAACCAGAACCACCGCCAAAGAAGAGACUGAAAUCUGCACCUCCUCCUAAAGUCCCCAGACCAUCAAUUCCAUGGGCUACACCAGGUGCAGCUGACAUGUCACUGAUGAACUCUGCCCUGAAACGUGGACAGCAGAUUCCAUUGCCUGAGGAUGAUUUUGAUGAUGAUAUGGACUCGGAUUCUAUGGAUGAUUCUGAAUCGGCUGAACUAGUACGAAUCAUUGAUAGUUUGCGUGAGAAACUAAAAGAUGAAAAACGUGUUAAAUUGUUGAUGGAACGAGACAUCAGGGAAGAAGUGUGUAAAGAAAUGAUGGAACAGAUUGUUAAAAUAGAGAACGAUUAUGAAGAACAGUUACGGGAACGUGAAAUUUUAGCUGAAGAGAUGAUGGAGAAGCGAAUAAAAAUUUUAACUAAUUCAAUAAAUCCACGGAAAAGACCAAGACAAGAGGUCAUGGAAGAUGAAGAUGAUGAGUGGGUGUCAAGUAUAUUAUUACACCAGGAGAAGGUCAAAGUUCAGGAAAAGGAUGAAGAACUUGAAGGAUUGAAAAAAGAACUGGAAACCACAAAAUCACAACUGAACAUAUACAUUAAGGAACAGGAGAAUUAUAUUGCUAAGAAUACAUCUUUACAGUUUAAAUUAGCUGAUACCGAGCAAGUACUUGAACAGGCCCAGAAAGACAAGGAGGAAGCCAAGGAGGAGGUGAAGAAAGUCAACAACAAAAUGGAUGAACUUGUAACUAAUACUGUAGAAAAGAGAAAGAGUGAUAUUGAUUUAGGAGAUACUUGUUUGUUGGAAACCUUGUCACAACAGUUACAGCAGGCCAAGGAUCAGAUUAAAGAACAGGAGACAGAAAUAAAAGAAUUAAAUGCUAUGCUGACGGAAGCUGGAGAAACAUUCCAACAGACGGAUACAGAAAUCAAACAGCUAAAGGAGGUCAUUAAUGAUGAUGAGGAGAAACUUAAACAACAGCAAAUACUGAUAUCAGAGCUUCAGACAGCCCUGGAAGAAAGUACGAAUGCUGUAACCAAUGCUGAAGAAAGACUCAUAAAGAAGGAUGAACAGAUCGUUAAAAUGGAAUCUGAAAACUCUGAGUUUGAAGAGAAGUUGAAAAGCCAGAAGAAUUGUUGUUUAUUCCUGGAAGAAACUUUAAAGCAGAAAGAUGAAGAAAUUACUGGAUGGAAGAAUAAGUUUGCUAGAGAAGAAGAUGAAAGUUUUAAAAGAGAACAUGCACUCAUUAACGGUUACAAGGCAGAAAUUAAUAAUCUUAAAACACAGAUUCACCAGUUAAAAGCAGAACGUAAGAUGAUGAGUCCAAUGAAGAACUCACCUUCAAUGAAAUGUAAGGAGAUUCUUUCUCCAUCUAAAUGUUUGAAAGAAACAGAAUCUCCUAGAAAAACAAGGGUAGAUUCACCUGUUAGGAAACUGAGAAGUAAUGCUCAUAAUUGUGGAAGUGAAGAGAAAAACCACCACUUCAAGGAAAACUUGUCUCGUCAAAUCAAAGACUUGCAGGCAGAAUUCAUGAAGAACUCCUCUGUAACUGCCAAGUUGGAAUCUGCAUUACAUAUAGCCAGACUUACAUCAGAGGACCUAGAAUCCCGUCUUGAAGCUGAACAAAAACAUAAACUAGAAGCCUUUAAUAAAUUGGAGGAAUUAACCACUAAGAUGAGGGAUUUGGAAAAUACGAAAUCUCAGCUAGAAAAGGAAGUGGAAAAAAGGAAGAAAUCAGAUGAACAAGUGGAGAAAUUGAAAUUAGAACUUAAAGAGCUUGAUGACAUUCACAACUCGUUUAAAGAAUUACAGAAUAAUUUUGGAGAACUUGAGAAAAAGAUGGCUACAAAAGUUGAGGAGAAUUUAACAGCCACAAGUAAAGUACAAACACUUGAAAGUGAAGUUGAUAAAUUUGAGAAGGAGAAAGUAACUGCAGCUGGUCAAAUAGAUACUCUUCAGAAAGAUAUUGAGCGACUUGAGAGAGAGAAAAAUGAGGCAGAUAGUAAAAUACAUGAUCUUCAAAACAAUACUGACAGACUUGAGAGAGAGAAAGAUGAAUGUGUGCAGAGGAUUGCCUUAUUACAGCAGAAUGUUUCCAGAUUGUCUGUCUUAGAAGAUAAAGUGAACAAGUUGGAACAGGAUGUUCUUGAUGCUUACACUAUAAAUAAAGACUUAGAGGAAACCAAAACAAAGCUUGAAUUGAAUCUUGAACACAGUAGACAGGAGAUAAGGGAAAAAUCAGAAACAACAACUUCAAUUGAAAAAUAUGUCCAACAGUUGAAAGAGGAACUUUCAAGUAAAGAUAUUGAGAAUACAAAUUUGGCAGAAAAACUUGAAGAGAUGGAAACAGUUAAUUUAGGCCUCAGGGAAAUGGUCAACCAAACAACCAAUCAUAUUCUCGAGAAAGAAACUGAAAUUAAAGAAAUUGUUGUGGAGAGUCUGCAAUCUUGCGACAGUCCGUCUUCUGACUCACUAACAAAUAUUCGUAAAAAGAUGAGAGACUUGAAACAAGAGUGUGAAAAGAUAAGAAUAGAAAGUGAAAAUAAGUCACAAGAAGUGGAACACCUCAAGAAAGAACUAGAAAAAUCUAAAAACUCAAACAUGGAAAAUGGAAAUGAAAUGAAGAAAUUGGUGGAAAACUGUAAAGACUUGGAUUUCCAGUUGGAAGAGAAAUCAAUUGAAAUUACAGACAUGAUAGAAAGUAAGGUUGCCAUUGAAACCAAGGUCAAUGAAUUAGAAUGCAAGGUCAGCGAGGUGGAAUGUUUGUCAAAGGAAAAAACAAUUCAGCUUAUGGAAUUGAAUGAUGAACUGAAUAAAGUAAAAGUUGCCAAAGAAAUGUUGGAAGCUGACGUACGUGAUUUGGAAGAGGAGAAAGAGGAGCUACAAGCACUUGUUGAAACAAAUUCAAGUCUUAAGAAGGAUAAUGAGAACUUGGAAAAAGAUAUUCUAGAUGAACAAAGGACAAUAGAAGAUUUGUCAGAAGUUCUACAGAAAAAACAAAAGGAAAAGGGGGAAUAUGUCCUAAAACUGGAGGACCAAAUUACUGAUCUUAAAAACGGUGAGUUGAGCAAAGAAGAGAGCCAUAAACAAAAAGUCACUUUACUAGACCAGGAAAUAUCAAAACUCAAAAAUGAGUUGGAAGAAAAGUGUAAUAGAAUUGAGGAAUUAAAUAAAGAAAUUGAUAAUAAAUCUGAAUCUGUUUGUGAAAAAGACAAAAGAUUGGAGGAAAUUGAAGCACAACUGAAAGAAAAUGUGAACUUGACUACACAGCUUCAGUCAGAGCAAAAAGAAAUAAAUCAAAGGAUUGAGAAUGCUGAAGUAGAAAGUGACACAUUUAACAAGCAAAUCAAUGAUAUUAGAAAUGAAAAGGAAAGUCUGGAAAAAGAACAUGAACAAUUGGUUGCAAAGUGUUCUGAACUUGAAAACCUGACUGUAGAUUUGAAGAAAAGAAAUGAAACAAGCUCUGCAGAAAAUGGCUCACUAAGUCAACAAAUUGAAUGCAUAAAUCAAGAAAAGCAAACUUUACAAACUGAUUUAGAUCGAUUAAAGAUCAAGUGUAAUGAACUUGAAAGUUGUAGUUCUCAGUCAGAGACAAGUGAUAACGAACAGAGUUCUCGCAGUGUGGCCAAGUUACAAAUUGCUGAGCUCAAGUCUUCACUUCACAUGCACAAGACGCUCCAUGAAAAUGCAAAAUCUGAAGUUUUAGAGAGUGAGGAAAGAAUAACAGAGCUUGAAAAGGAAAUAGAAACUCUUAAGAGUAAACUUAUCAGUGUUAAAGAUGGUGAUGAUGUUGAAAAUGUUGAUGAUGAGGAUAAAGAAUGUUUAACACUGAAAAAAGAACAUGAAAGUUCAUUAAAUAAAUUAGAAUUAGACUUGGAAAACAAAAAUGUUGAAAUAGAAAACCUGAAGAAACAAGUGGACAGUUUACAACAGGAAAGUUUGGAAAAAACAGAAUCUUGUGAUAAACUUAAGUGUGAACUAGAAGUAAAAAAUAGUAAAGUUCAGAGUUUACGUGAAGAUUUAGACAGUCUAAAACAGUACAAAAGCAAGUCUGAAAAGUCAUUGAAAGAGAUGGAUCAUAUAUCAAAAAUGUGUAAACAGCAUGAGAUUCUGAUUCAUGAACAGGACCUGAAAAUUAAAAGCUUUGAAAAAUGUGAUAGUGAAAAGCAGGUAUUAGUGGAAGAAGUAGAGCAUAUCGAAUCAAAAUGUGAAAAACUGGAAAAAGAAAAAAGUAAACUGAAAAUAGAAAUUGAUGGGUGUAAGUUUCAAAAGGAAGUGUCUGAUCGAGAAAUGAAAAAUCUGAACGAGGCCAUUUCUCAGCAACAAAAACUCAUCUGUCAGCAGUCAGAAAAAAUGAAAGAAUUAGUUCAGUGUGAUGGGUCAGUCACAAUUUCAAAUGAAUUAGACACAUUAAAAUCUGACUUGAAGAGCAAGUCUGAGAAAUUAGAACAUCAUAAAGAUAAAUUAACUAAAGUGGAAAAUGAUUUAGUCAGAAUUAAUUAUGAACUUCACAACAAAGAACAAAUCAUAGGGAACUUAAAGGAAAAUCUUAAUCAGUUCCGAGAGAAUGAGUGCUUGAGUCCUACAAGUCAAAGUCACUGUGCUCGAAAGCUACGGAAAGAAAAAAUUGAGGUAGAAAAUCAAUUAAUAGAAGCUAAGUUUAAGAUUAAACAGUUAGAAAAUGAAGUACAUAGUGGAGUGAUGUCAUCACCCAGACGUAUGGUACAUACUGAAUCUAUACAGAGGGCAUCGGUCACUAGUCCUACGGUUCACAGAGAAUUAAACAGGAGUCAAGAAAGGGAACAGAACCUAAGAAGCCAAUUACAACAAGCCAGCCAGACAGUGAAACAACAGAAUGAAAAGAUCAGUGAGCUGGAAAAACAGUUACUAGAUACCAGUACAAAACUUAGGGCUGCUGAAGAUUCAUUAAAACAAAGACAGUCUCUGUAUGGAGUUCCACAAGAUAGUUGUGUCCAGGAAGAUAUGAAGAGAUUACGAGAGGAACAUGCUAAAAGAUGGGAGAUCAUUCAGAACUUAGAAAAAGAUUUACAGAAGAAAGAAAGCAAGCUUCAAAGUAAAAGUCAAGUGGUCAAAGAUUUGAAACAAACAAUGGAAAUGGAGAGAGAUAAGUUUGAAGCUGCUCUGAGAGAUGCCAAUGCUAAUGAGGCUGUGAUAGAAGAAUUAAAGAAUGCCAUAGCUUUACAGGAGGAAACAAUGGAGGAACAAGACAGAUACAUUCAACAGAAGGAAGAAACUAUCUCUAAAUUACAACAGGAUGUUGAAAAGUAUACAGAUAAAUAUCACCAGCUGUUGACUUCUAGUGGAGACUCUGGUAGAGAAAUGAGAGAAAUGACACGGGAGAAUGUUAGACAGUCGGCAGAGGUCGAUCAAUUCAAGAAAAAUGUGGAGGAACUGAAAAGUAAACUGCAAAAAAUGCAGGAAGAAAACUUAAAAUUAUCUGACACUUUCAAUGUAAAAUGUAAAGAACUGAGUGAACUUGAAUCCUUACUGAAAGAAAAGAGGGAGGAGUGUGAUAAACUUCACUCUUCUACAAAGGAAGAUAAUUGUGAAGAUCUUGAAAAGACGGUUGAAGAACUGAAGCGUAACAACCAGAAAUUAAAGGAUGAUAAACUGUUACUUAAUAUUGUAAUAAAGGAAAAUAAUGAUGAACUAAAAGAAAUGGAAAAGUUAGUAUCAGAAAGACGAAAAGAGUGUGAAGAACUCAAGUCACAAAAUAAUACUGACAAGUUAGAGACUGUGGAGUCAAAAAAUAAAGAGCAGGAGCAUGUCAUCACAGAACUUAAAAAUAAGAUCAAGGAUAAAGACCACAGUCUGAGGGAUUCUCACAAAGAAGUUAGAAGUAUAAAUGAUGAACUGUCCAAAGUUAGACAUGAUCUAGAUAUGUUGAAAUCAGAAUUAAAGGAAAAAAGUAAUGCCAUUACAGAAUUUAGUAAACAGGUUCAACAUAAAAAUCAGGAGAUCAUCAGACUGCAAAGAUUAAUAGAAGAUAAAUCUAAUGAACUUAAUAAUUGGAAAUUAGAACGUGACAAGUUGGUUGAUGGUCUGGAAGGAAUAAUGAAGAAACAGCAAAAGGAAAUAAACGAUCUGAAAAAACAAAAAGCUGAGUUAGAAGAUAAACAAACAACCAGACACAGACAUAGAUCCACUACACAGCAUGAGAAAUUGAUCAUUGUACCAGAUUCUACGGAGGACAUUAUUAUCAAACAAGAAAUACCAGAUGUUUUCCAGUCUCCACCAAGGAGAGCUCUAAGUAGGCGGGGUCGCAAAAGAAAAUCACCAACUUUAGAAACGCCUGACAUGCCAUCGUCUGCGAAGAAAGAGAUAACAGAUGACAAUUUGACAUUUGUAUCGGAGGACGGAGACAUCUCACAUCAUAUAGAGAUAGACGCUACCCCAGCCAUUGCUGCUAAAACCCUCAGAAAAAGUAGAAAGAAGAGGUCCUCAGUGGAUUUGUUAAGGGAAGAAAAAUGUGAUAAAGAAAAUAAGAAGUCAACAAGAGGAAGAAAACAGAGAGCUUCUAAAACGACAAGUGAUACACCAGAGACUAAUGGAAAAGGACAAAGUAGGAUUGGUUCUAUUAUGUCUGCCAUUAAAGAAUCUCCAAUAACUAGAACUGCUAAGAAGUUACUGGAAGACAUUACAGAGGCUUCAACACCAAACAAAGAUGGUGAUACUACUAUAGAAGUAGAGGAUCAUGGGACACAGAUGUCACCUGCCCUCGCUAACAAACGAUCCAGGAGAAAACAUACCUUGUACAAAGAGUCACUACAGAUAUCUGAACCUCUGGAUUGUGGAAAUUUUGUGGGUCAAUCUCCAGAUGAUGUACAUACAACUGUACAGAGGAAGUUACGUGGCAGAAAGAAGUGACGAUUUUCUUGAUAAUGUGAUAAUGAUCAUGUCAUUGAUUUAAUGGACUAUAAAUAUGCCUUCAGUUUGUAACUGUGAUACUGGUCAUAUCGUCAGACAUAAAUGUACUUUCAUUUUAUAAUUCAUAAAUGUACUUUAGCGACUGUUUCACCCAGGUUUAUUUGUAUGUAACUGAAUUAUAUAGUUUAUACAUAUACUUUAAUGAUAAGUUCAGAAAUGUACUUUCAUUAUGGGUUCAUACGUGUACUUUCACUUUGGGUUAUUUACAUGUACAUUCAUACAUGUACUUUCACUACGAGUUCAUAUAUGUACUUUCACUAUGGGUUCAUACAUGUAUUUUCACUAUGGGUUCAUACAUGUAUUUUCUCUUUGUUACUCUUCUUUAAUCACUUCUAAAAUAAGAAUUAAUUAAGUUUGUUUGACAAUCUAAUCACUAAUGUCUCAGAAAUAUAGUCAAUUUUACAAGUAACAAAUGCCACAAACGAUAUAAAACUGUUUUACAUUAUGAACAUUUCAUACAACGUAUUGUAUUUGUUUGAUGAAACCCAAAGUAAAGAAGAGGGUUCAAUAAACACUUAGAUUUCAUUACAACUUUAUGUUCUUUUGAAGGAAAGGGAUUUGUAUUGAAAAUUGUAUGCAGAGCAUUCUUUACAAAAAGAGGUUGUCUUAGAGGGUUAAAUUUAUAUCAACAUCAAGUUGAUGCUGAUUUAAUUGUAUUUUUGUAUCUAUAUCUUAGAAAAGCAUUUUUUGGUGCUGUGUAUAUGGUGUUUAUCUUUUAUUUUUUUUUCUGUAAUAUGAAGGAGCCCAUUAUAGUGGCUUUGGUUUUAUUUUUUGCUAUGUACAAUUAUGAUGCUUGAAUGAACACAAGUGAAGAAAAAUAGUGAGUUUGUUAAUUCUGUAUUUCUUUUUAGUUUUCAAAUAUUACUUGUAAGAUGACAUGAGGGAAUUCUUAUUGACUUGGCAUUAUGUUUUAAAAAUUAUGGCCAUGUCAAAAUGUUUUAUUUGAAUCAUAAACUAAUAUUAAGUAUUUUAAUCAACAUUAGAAGUUUUCAGUUGCAAAGUUCUGGUCACUUAUAUUUUUCAAUUUUAAACCACAUUUGUACUGAGACUGAGUCCAGUGUGUAAUUAUGAUUUCAAUGAUUCAUAAAUGUAUGGCUACCACAGUUGUUAACACUCAGGGGCAGUAAAUUGUUAAUUGUUUCUCUGAUACCUGAAGUGAUAUUUGUAUUAUAAUGCCAUAUCAUGUUGUGUAUUUCACUGCCCUAUGAUACAGUUCUGAUGUCGUUUCUUUCUUUAUAUUAUGUGAAGCGAUGGUGAAAUGAAUACAUAAGUUACAGCUCUUCUAUAAAAGCAUGCAAAGCAAACCUUUGAUCAACUUGCUUGCUAUGUUUGUUUGGAUGUUUGUAAACAAAAGGUAGGUAGUCUGUUUCAGUCUGUUUACUAUUUACUGGAAUUUGAUUGGACAAUAAACAUAAGUUCAUUGCGUGUCAAUUUUUAUUGUCUAAUCAAAUAUCAGUAUUUACAAAACAGACUAAAACUCUGCCUACCUAUUGUUUGCAAACAUCCAAG